AGGAGGAGGAGAUACUUGUACAGUUACCUACCUGAGGUACCUACCCUACUUCAUAUAGCUACCUAGGUGCACCUCCAGUCGUCCGGUUCUUCUGCAAAUACAUACCUGCGAUCGGGGUCUUGCCUUGCUUCAUCCUCUAUCCAUUACUACUUUAUACUUGUGAUUUGCACAUAUUUCUUCUGCUUCACGAGACGAGAACUUCUUGCCGCCAUGUCUGACACGAAGAUGAAAGCGCUCCAUUACGAUGGUCCCUACCAGGUUUCCGUUCGAGAGAUCGAAAGGCCAAAGAUCGAGCAUCCCGAUGAUGUAAUCAUCAAGAUCACCACGAGCUGCAUUUGUGGAAGUGACUUACAUAUGUACGAGGGCAGAACCUCUGCCGAGAAAGGACUGGUUUUCGGACACGAGAACAUGGGGAUCGUCACUGAGGUCGGAUCUGGUGUUACGUUGCUGAAGAAGGGUGAUCGCAUCGUCCUUCCAUUCAACGUCGCUGACGGUCGCUGCCGCAACUGCGAGGAAGGCAAGACAGCCUUCUGUACCGGUGUCAACCCUGGAUUUGCAGGCGGUGCGUAUGGCUACGUUGCCAUGGGACCAUACGCUGGCGGACAAGCGCAAUAUUUGAGAGUGCCUUAUGCGGACUUUAACGGAUUGAAGCUGCCACCUGGAGUUGAGCAUGAGGCAGACUUUGCUCUGCUUGCGGAUAUCUUCCCAACUGGCUGGCACGGACUUGUACUUUCUGGCUUCCAGAGCGGUGAAUCUGUUGCUGUCUUUGGAGCAGGGCCAGUAGGGCUUAUGGCCGCAUACUCUGGCAUUAUUCGCGGCGCAUCGCAGGUUUACGUCGUGGACCAAGUUCCAGAGCGACUAGCCCAAGCCGCCAAGAUUGGAGCUAUUCCAAUCAACUUCAGGGACGGCGAUCCAGUCGAGCAAAUCAUCAAGAAGAAUGGUGGCAUGGUCGAUCGAGCUGUCGAUGCUGUGGGCUAUCAAGCUGUUGACAAAGAUGGCAGCAAAGAGAGGCCCAACAUCGUGCUCGAUCAGCUGAUCAUGGUGACAAGACCAACUGGUGGACUUGGAAUUCCUGGUCUUUAUGUGCCAAGCGACCCAGGCGCUCCAGACGAACAAUCAGGCAAGGGCCAGAUCUUAAUCAGCUUUGGCAAGCUUUUUGAAAAGGGAUUGAGCCUGGGCACAGGACAGUGUAACGUAAAGGCUUACAAUAGGUACUUGCGCGACCUCAUCAUCGCGGGUCGUGCAAAGCCCUCGUUUGUGGUUUCGCACGAGCUAUCGCUUGAUGAUGCUCCGAUGGCUUAUGAAAAAUUCGACAAGCGCAUUGAAGGAUAUUCCAAGGUGUUGUUGCAUCCCAACGGGCCACUGCAGUAGAGUGGAGUGGAUGGAACUGUGUCAUGACGACUCAGAGCCGCCGUAAUGAUGAACCGUGGUAGUCCAGUAGUCGAAAAUUUGAUGGAUGAUCUCGUCGCCUGUGCUGUCUGAUGCACUUUCCCAUGUCGGUCAUGUGCAGGAUCAAUAAUGCCAUGAAAUGCCGCCUCUCUUGAUCAAUCACAGACCAUCCUCGCCUUGCAGCACGCGAGCGCUCACAAUCCUCACCUCCUCUUCCGGCCUGUCCUCCGCGCUCGUCUUGACCAAGCCCAGCUUCUUCACCGUAUUGAGCCCACUCUUCACGCGACCAAAAAUGGUAUGUUUCCCAUCCAACCACGGCGUCGGCGCGAGUGUGACGAAGAAUUGCGAUCCAUUGGUAUUAGGUCCCGAAUUGGCCAUACUGAGAAUUCCCGCGCCUGUAUGUUUCAGGUCCGAACGGAUUUCGUCGUCGAAUUUUUCUCCCCAUAUCGAGGAGCCUCCUCGUCCUGUGCCUGUGGGGUCUCCGCCUUGGAUCAUAAAAUCCGGAAUGAUGCGAUGGAAAAUGGUGCCGUCGUAGUACUUGCGCGAGCAGAGUUCGCGAAAGUUUUUGCACGUCUGAGGCGCGUGUUCCGUGUAGAGCUCGAUGGUGAUGGGCCCCAAGGACGUUUCGAGUACCACCUGGGUGGCCAUCGGGGGCGCGCGAUGGUUCUAUG